GAUUGGCAUCAAGGACCUCAAGGUUUUUGUUCGCGUCGCCUUACUUUGCAAACAGCCCUGAAGUUCUGUGUUCUUGUACGCACAGAACUGUCUAGAUUAACGGCUAGAAAGCCUCGGACUGCCUUCGUAAACAAUAUACGGACACUACUUCAGUGAUUGGCUGUCCUUUCGGAGUCACCGCUUGAAGUUUUCGCUGUAGUUUGUUCGGCAUGUCAUUGAUCUCUUUGAUUUGAUGAUUCAGCUUUGUGCCUUCAACUCAUCAUAGUGGAUAACUGUACAAGAAUAUAAUAUCGCAAGGUUGCCUUUUGGAGAGGCUCAAAAUGCACAUAGGACUUGUUUCAAUUCUGAUGGUAUCCCUUGUUGGGACUUGUUGUUCUAAUUCUCAAGAGAAACCAAUUCAAAGACUUUAUAAUGUUGUUGCUGUUGUGGGACGGCAUUUCACCUACAGAGUCACUCCAACAGAUGGGUCUAAGAACUUUAAGAUUACAGAAGAAGGUAAGAAGACUCUCCCCCAUUGGCUGGCACUGGAUGAGAGCACCAAUACACUAGAGGGCGUCCCCUCGUGGCGUGACAAGGGCACUUAUCACUUAGAACUACACGGUCACGAAACACAGCACUUCAAAAUCCUAGUCAAGGACCUCAACGACAUCCGCUCCGACCUCUCCCUGCGUAAUUCAAAUGACACCAAGGUCCCGGACACCAAGCACAUCGUUUGCCAUAGUGGUCUUCCUGUGGAAGCUGCCACUAUUAUUUUCGAUUUGCAUGCUGAGAAGGUUGAUGGCAAAGGGCGGUGUGCGCUCAUGAAGCGCGUGGCAGAGUUUGCUGACGAGGCGGUGGAGAGUCUUCAUUUCUCGCUGGGUAAAGGACAUAACACUGCCCUCGGACUGAAGGAUGUGCAAAUGCUCACAGCUGGUCCUGGUAAUAUCCAGGACGCCAGGCAACCAGGUCUUGUCAUUUCCUGGCAGAUCGGAUGCGGUAUUGAUUUGGCAGGAACCCGAGUUGCCUCCCUGCUCAAGUCCAGUGCUGAAACGGGCGCUUUUCACGAAGCACUCUCUGCACCUGUUACUGGCUGGCACGUUGCGACAGGGUUUCCAAAAGGCCCACGUCAUCGAGCUCGUCGCCAGGUUAUUCUUAACCUCGCUCCUACUCCAACUCCUGCUCAGAAGAAGCCUUAUAUCCCCACCAAGAUCCUACAGGCAACACCGACCCCUACGGCCACCAUAGCACCACCCCCAUCCCGAGUGGACGCAUCUACUGUCAGCAUACCAACCGUCCGCCCAACAGUCACAGUACCGAGCAACAACGCCCCUGUGGUUAUCUCAAGGCUGUCGCGCGUGACUGUGUACUCGGGCCAACUCAUCCGCUUCCUUAUUCCGGAAAACACAUUCUCCGAUCGCGAGGAUGGUGGAACGCGAAGACUGAACCUCAAGCUGUUGACUCUUACUGGCGCGACCAUCAUUCCUUCGUCUUGGAUUCUUCUGAAUCCAGCCUCGCAAGAGAUCUACGGGCUUAGCAUCACUGAUCUUACAACUUCUCACGAAUUCCUCGUGGAAGCAAAGGACUCUGGAGGACUUUUCACACGACAGGCUAUCGAGUUUCGCGUCGAACAAGACUUGCAUCAGUACAAUCACGAAUUUACGCUCGAAUUCAGUCUUAGCGAUAACUCUGCCUUCAUGAAAAACGUAGAACUGAGACUUGAACUUCUAGAGAAACUGUCUUUUUACUUUGGUAUCGCUAUUCAGUACGUGCGUGCUGUGUCUUUCAACCUGGGGGCCGCGGGAAUAAACUUCAAAUUCCAUUUUGCGAACGUUCCCUACGAACCUUGCUAUGGCGUUCUUAUCAGCAGCAUCAUUAAGAAAUUUGGCGAGAACGGCGUCAAUCCAGCUCUGACCACCGCACUGCAGUCGCGCUUUAGAGUGACGGGUGGCUCGUACCAACGCCUUGGUAAGUGCAUAAACAGCAGGCCUGUGGUUGACCAAGGUGUCAGCUCCAUCAGCGCCAUCACUGGCCAGGCCCUGAGCUACAAGGUACCGUCCAACGCGUUCAGAGAUGCUGAGGACGGACCGAGUGAUCUCACCCUUAACAUGUUGACGUCAGGACUCGCGAAGCUGCCUGCAAUGUCCUGGGUACUCUUCAACCAACAGACCAAUACAAUCUUCGGGCUGCCCAUGGAGGGAAUGUCGGGUACUUAUGAUUACGUUCUUCAAGCAACGGACCGUGGUGGACUCAAAGCCAGAGAUGACUUCCAGAUAAACGUUCAAGCAGAUAACACACUCUACAAUCACGAGUUUACUAUCGUUAUGGAUGUGGACAAUGUACAGUUCUCAAGUAAUGUGGCCCUGCGACUACAGCUGCUAACUUUAAUUGCGCAGUACUUCCAGACCACAAUAGACCAUGUACGUGUGUCCGCUUUUGGUGCAGGGGUAACAUUCUCUUUCCGUUUUGAUAACAUCCCUUACAAUGAAUGCAACAAGCGCCUUGAGACCAUGGUCAACCUAUUCGGUAAAGACACUCUCAACCCUAGCUUUACCAGGGCGCUUUCACCGAACUAUCCAGUGCGGAGUGGCAGCCAUAAACUCCUAGGACCAUGUAACAAACCUGAUAGUCGCCCCCCUGUUGUAGGGGCGCCGAUUCCUGCAAUCGAUGUUUUCUCUGGACAGUCUAUUAUGCGCGAUAUUGCCCCGAACACCUUCAAAGAUGGCAUCGACGGCGACGCAAGUAAUUUGAAGUUGGAUCUUUUGGCCCGUGGCGGUAUCCGACUCUCUCCGAAUUCUUGGAUACAGCUUAAUGGACCUGCCCUGCAGAUCUUCGGUCUUGCGACGGAAGAUUUCGGACUGCACGAGUUUGACCUCGAGGCCACAAACAGUGCAGGGCUCAAGGCUACUGCGCCGUUUGAGGUAAACAUUGCGCGAGAUCCUGUCAUCUACAACCACGAGUUUACGUUACUACUGGAUUAUGAAAAGGACACAUUCCUUAACGUGGUCUCAGUUCGAUUAGAACUGUUACGUAAACUUGGCAAAUACUUCAAUGUUGAUGUUUCCAAGAUCCGUGUAAAGUCGUACUCUGCAACUCCUGAUGGCGUCAACUUUGUAUUCCGUAUCGCUGGGAUCCCAUACGAACCAUGUGACAGUGCUGAUCUCCAACAAGCAAUCACGAAAUUCGGGAAGGACUCUGUAAGCACUUCUUUCAUCAACGCCCUCAAACCAGAAUACCCUGUCAAGAAAGCAAGUUACGAGACUCUGGGCAAGUGUGCUGCCAACAAGAUCCCCACUGUGAAGAAGGGUGUCACUCCUACACCAAUACAAGCCUACGGCGGCCAAGUCAUCACCUACCCCGUGCCAGUGGACGCUUUCGAGGACGUGGAAGAUGGAGGAACGCGGAAUCUUACUCUUCAACUCCUUAGCGCUGAUGGCAAGGAACUGCCAAAGUCAUAUUGGCUGAUAUUCAACAGUGAUACCCAGACGAUACGCGGGUUGCCAGGCUCAAGGCAAGUUGGCGUUCACAACUUUAUAAUGGAAGCGAAGGACUCUAAAGGAGGGAAGGUCCGAAAUCCAUUCAAGAUUGACGUUGGUGAAGAUACGACACCUACCAGCCUCCUAUUCACUGUGUAUUUAGAUUACGAUGAUGACAAGUUUUUGAACGAUGUCAAAGUUAGGCUGGGUUUGGUGGAUAAGAUCGUUGACUACUUUAAAAUUAACGAAAACGAGAUGCAGGUUGAUCGCUACGGUAGCGGGGUGAACUUCACCUUCCAUCUCAAAACAAUCCCUGAAAAAGACUGCAAUCAUCCCUCAAGGACCACAGCCAUCAACAAGUUUGGACGCAGAGGCAAGACCAGCUCAGCCUUCAAGAACGCUCUACUUCCCGAAUACAACGUCCGUCAAAGCUUCACUGAAGCCAUAGGGGAGUGCAGCGCCAAGGGGAACACCCCUCCCCUUCUCCUCACUCCUGUCGGCACCAUCGCAGUCCAAGCAAACCACGGGUUCAUAUACCGCAUCCCGUAUGAUACCUUUUUUGACCGUGAAUACGGAAACACUAGGAAUCUGGACUUGAGGCUGAGGGCUGGUGACAGGUCCAGGCUGCCACCGGGUUCGUGGGUCACGCUAGAAGAAGCCGAGCAAGAGAUCUACAUCAUGCCGGACGAGAAACUCACCGGAAGUCACAAGUUCGUGCUAAUUGCUGUAGACCCUGCCGAUAACAAGAUGAAAACGCACGAUGUCAUCACUAUUAAAGUGAGUGAGCCCGUACCUCCCACUACUAUCUUCUCCUUGCUACUGGACACCGAUGAGAAGGCGUUCCAAGGCAACGUGAAAACGCGCAUGGGGCUCUUAACCAAGCUCGCGAAGUAUUUCAAAGUCACUAUCCCCGAUAUCCACAUUAUAUCAUACAAACCUGAGGACCCAGGAAUUCGCUUCACGUUUGGAUUCUCAAAUGUUCCCACCAAGCCUUGUGAUAGCCCAGCUCUUGCUAAACUGAUUGAGCUUUUCGGAGAUAGCAAGGUGACAGAUGGACUGAAGGAUGCGCUGAAAAGUGGAUUUACAGUCAAGAAUGGUCGCGUGGAGCAGGUCGGGGCAUGUAAGGCACCGGAUAUCAACACCGCGCCCAAACUAUUUAACGCCUUUGACCGCCUAAACGUGUUUGGCACUCAGGGACUGCGUUUUGACAUCCCUGGUGACUCCUUCUUUGACAAAGAAGACUUGUACACCAAGAAUCUUACACUUACGUUGAAGCUAGGAGAAGGAGACCUCGGUUCUUUGCUUCCUACCUCGUGGAUAUUAUUGAACUCAACGUCGCAGCAAAUUUAUGCUCUUCCCAUGUCUGAUGCCAUUGGCCUUCACAAGUUCGUACUAGAAGCCGCCGACUCUGGAGGACUGAAGGCUUUCGACGCAUUCGAAGUCUCUGUAAUUAAAGAUGAAGCCGGGUUUAACCACCAGUUCACAAUUUUCCUCAACUUUGAUAACGCUACCUUCAUGGAAAAUGUGCAUGUUCGCCUGGCACUUGUGGAGAAGAUCGCUAAAUUCAUCGGUGUCAAUUUCACUGCUAUCCGUGUUGAUAAUGCUGGUUUGGGCCCGUUUAUGACCUUCCACGUGGCUGGCAUUCCACUGGACGAUUGUAAUAACCCAUUACUCCUAAAAAUGCAGGAGAAUUUUGGCCCUGAUGGUGUGUCGCCUGCGUUGAAGGCUGCGCUGGCACCUUAUCCUGUUGCUGGUGGUGACUAUACCAAAACCAAGCCGUGUGGUGCUACUGCUGGCAUCGGGGCUAGUGGUGUCGGUGACCGAGGUCCCGGUUUGUGGUGGACAUAUGCCCUAAUCCCGGCCAUAGUUCUAGCUGUCGUGAUCCUCACCAUCGGUCUGUGUGUGCUGCUUAUGAUGCGAGCACGCCGCAAGCAGAGGCUGUCAGCAGAGGACAGGAAGACGUUUAUCUACAAGCGCAAACCUGUGGUCUUCAAGGAAGAGUACGAUGUUAAAGAAGACUUGAUCAAACAGCCUCUAGUUCUACCCAACGAAAAGCCUCCACUCCCACCUCCAGCGUAUCCUAGGACACCAAACGGUAGUGCAGUGACUACCCCCAAUAUGGGCGAUGAAAGGCGAGCUUAUCAGGCACCAUCAUUCGCUUCUGGUCGUCAGAUGAGUUCGAGUAGCAGCACAGGAGGCUUCGGUGGAGGUGGUGGUGGUAUGGGUGGCGGAGGGGGGAUGGCAGGAGGUGGUGGCGGUAUGGGUGGAGGUGGUAUGGCUGCAGGAGGCGGAGAGUUUGGAGGAGGCGAAGGUAUAGGCGGCGGAGGCAUGGCUGGCGGUGGGGGCGGUAUGGGAGGAGGUGGAGGAGGGGGUGGGAUGGGUGGAGGUGGUGAAGGUAUGGGUGCUGCUGGCGGUGGAAUGGGUGCAGGUGGUGAGGGUGGAGGUGCAGGUGGAGGCGGUGGAGGAUACAGCGCACAGAAAUCUAGCAGUUCAUUCAGUUAUACCAGCAGUAGCAGCAGCAGCGCGGCAAGAAAAGGUGCUUACUCCGGUUACCGUCUCCCUCCUGCGUACGUCCCGCCAUAAACUCACUGUGCCUUUACCGUUUUACCCGUGGUUUUAAGAAGAACCUGAAGACAUCGACGCGUUUUUAAACUCUAGGAGCAGUUAAUACCAUCGAGAUUUCACUGCCUAGCGCACUCCAUGGGAGCAUUAUCACAUUGUUGAAAUUAACAAGAGACAUCAGUCAGUAUAGGCUAUAGAAAUCUUCCAUAGUCGGAUCCAAAUGAACUUGUAUUCACACCGAACACUGUGCCCCCACCGAAUGAAAAAUUUGGUGCUCUGCGCUUCUCGAUAGGAAAAACGUGCUGAAACAAGCAAUCCAUUUUUAAUAGAGAGCAUUUACAAUAUAUUGAACUUGUAACAAACAAAAUUUUGAUCUAUGUAUCUUUAGGAUUAAGGGGGACUUCAAAUAUGGGUGUAUGUUUUUUUUCUUGAAAAAAAGUAUUUUAAAUGUUUUCAAUAUAUCGCAUAUAAAUUUUAUAGAAGGUUUUUUAUUUAUCCAAGAUGUUAAGUUCCACUAACUUGGGUGAUAUUGAAAACUGCCAGGAUAGAAUGCCAUAACAAAACCGACUAGGAUGUGUGAAAUUUAAAACAUCGAAUUCAAAGAUUCUGAACCAUUGUUUGAACUAAAAAAAACUAAGAAAAUCGUGUUCAGAACGAUUCUAUGACCUAGGCAUUACCAAAGGACAAACAAUUUUGACUUCACACCUCCCCUGUCAGUAUGUAACAGCUGUGUUGAAAAUUGAUUGUACAUAGAUGCGCGCAAUAGGCGUAAGUCAGCGGCCCCAUUUGCUGCAUCCCGCCAGAAUAUUAAACAUAAAUUGAAUAGAUUAUAUGACACGUUAUGAGGUUAAACGUUUAGGAGUUAGUAUAUUUUUGUCAGCGCCAUGUUGUAAUAAAGAUGAUGGUUUAGACCUCGAAA